AUGGGGAAGACUUUGAAUGCGGCACCGGUGUCCCGUAUUCACUUCCGUAAACAAGCGGUUCUCUUCCUCCUGUGAACACAUGGGCUUAAUAUUUACGGCUUAGUCGGGCAGUUACUCUCAAAACACUGUAAUAACUCUACAAAAAUAAUUAACGUUGUCCUUAAACACUCGACUGUUAAUGACUUUACCGGAUAAACAUGAAACCAGACCGUCUUUUCCUCCUCCGCUGGAUCUCUUAGCGUAAAGACAGCUGACGUUAGAUUAACAGCAGCGGUACUGUCUGACUGAGCGCAGUGAAACAUGGAGAUAGACUCUCGGGACUUUCUGAACUCUCCUCCCGUUAAGACGGUCAGGUUUGGAGGCAGCGUUGUGGAAACGUUAGCUAAACACAAACAGGGAGACUCGAGUGACUACGAACUGCUGAAACACCAGCUGGCUGAUCCCGAGAUAAAGGAUGCUCAGAUCAUCAACUGGCUACAGGAAUUUCGGAGUUCUGUGACACAGCUAACAAAAGAUCAUGAACAGCUCAUCUAUACUAUCUUGAGGCUUCCGUGGGUGGGCCGGAGCCAGGCUGUGGUGGAGGAGUACAUGGCCUUCCUCAGUAACCUGGUCUCAGCACAGACUGUCUACCUGUGUGCCUGCCUCAAGAUGGUGGUCUCCCACUUCACUCCCAAGAGAGUGACCAUCUGCGAAGGAGGGGUCGAUAUCUCCGAUUCAGAUGAUGAAGAUGAAAACCUCCCCAGAAACUUUAAUCAGUGUCACCAGGCGCUGCAGCUCAUCACCAGAUACGUUCCAUCCACGAGUCGCUUUCUGAUGCCCAUCCUGCAAGAGAACUUCCCCUUUGUACAGAAAUCCUCCAGAACCCUGGAAUGUUACGUCCACAACCUCCUGAGGGUCACCACGUACAUACCGUCAAUUCGACGAGACAUACUGGAGGUGAUCAUCGGAAGGAUGCUCAAACUGGAUGUGAGUGCAUCUCGGUCAGACAUUGAGGAGGCAGAGGAGAAUGCAGUGCGGAACCAGCGGGCAGAGGAGCGCAGUGAGGAAGGACUCUUUGACAUGGAUGAGGACAUGUCUGCAGAUCAGCCCUCCAGGCCGGCUGUGAUGGCCCACCCGGUGGCUGAUAGGCUGGACACUCUCAUGGCUGUACUGAUGGCUUACAUCAAGGACGUCUGCCAUGUCAACGGCUCUUUUCACGUGGAAAGAACUAAGGAUCUGUACAGAGAGUUGUUGAGUGUGUUUGACAAGCUCAUUCUGCCAACACAUGCCUCCUGCCAUGUCCAGUACACACUCUUCUACCUCUGCAGCUUCAGAGUGGCCUUGGCCGAGGCCCUCCUGGAUCACCUGUGGAAGAUCCUGCAGAGUCCCGCUCAGCCCGCUGUCCUCCGCCAGGCCGCCGCAGGGUACCUGGGGAGCUUCCUGGCCCGAGCCAAGUUCAUCCCCGUGCUCACUGUGAGGGCCUGUCUGGACCUGCUGCUCUCCUGGAUCCAUCGCUACAUCGACAGCCAAGACAGCAGCGGCAGACAAGCCUGCUGCGACAUCAGCCUGCACGGACCCUUCUACACCGCCUGCCAGGCCGUCUUCUACACACUCAUCUUCAGACACAGAGCCAUGCUGGAGGGCAACAUGAAGAAAGGUCUGGAGUACCUGCAGAGUCUGAACCUGGAGCGGGUGGUGAUGUGUCAGCUGAACCCCCUCAAAGUGUGCCUGCCUUCAGUCACCAGCAUGUUUGCUGCCAUCACCAGGACGUAUCAGGUGGUGUUCUGCUACACCAUCAUAGAGAGGAACAAUCGCCUCGUGCUGCCGGUUGUCCGCAGCUCUGCAGGAGGAGACAGUGUGAGCACCAACACCAACCCUCUGGACAGCUUCUUCCCCUUCGACCCCUACCUGCUCAAGAGGUCUGGUCAGCUGAUUGAGCCACUGUACCAGGUCUGGGAGGAACUAUCAGAUACAGAGCUGCUUCCCACCAAAACACGACAACAGGGCUCGAGGGAGGACGAGGAUGACUUCCUGUGCGGGGAGACGGCCCAGAUCGAGUGCAUCGUGGGAAUGACACCCAGCUCCUACGACUCCAACCUCCGCAGCCCGAGCAGCAUAGGUUCACCCCCCAUGGCCUUCCAAAGACCCUGAUGCUGCACAUUACAAGCAGUUUAUAAGUAUCCAAACACAAACUGAAGAACACGUGAAGCCAGUCACACUUGAAGAGAUGUGACUGAUCUCGAUUCAUACAAGAACGCUCAUCUGGGGAAUUAUAGGUCUACACAGUCUGAGUCAAACUUUUUACACUUUUUACUUUUAUGAUUUAUCACAGUUCAGGCCGUGUCGGCACAUGCAAAAUCUCCAAUGAAAGCAACAGCAUCACUGAGAGAGCCCCAAACUCCUGAUGAUCAGAGAGUGAGCAAAUACUGUGACGAGGUAUCUUAAGAUUGAAAUGAACUCUACAUGGAACUGUUUAGGGGCCCUCAGCAUUUUGUCUGCUUGUUCUGUAUGGGAGAAAAUUCAACUCAGAUUGAAUAGAGUUUGAGAAGCUGGAAUAUUGUGUGGGCAGUAAAAUAUUAUAUUGUAUAUAUUGUUGUAAGGCUGUUGUAUUUGUUUAUCUAUGAAACCGCUGCUGGGCUCAUCACAAAGCUCAACAGGAAACUGGAGACGGUGGACACACACACACACACACACACACACACACACACACACACACACACAGCCACUAAUGAUAGUAAUGCAAUAAAGCUCAUUAAACAAACUUCAAAA